UAACAGCAUCUUCCUUCUUCUUCCCCCCGUGCAGGUCUCUCUAAGAACUUCGUCAACUACGAGUACGAUUACUACUACCAGGAGCCCGGCCAGGAGCCCCCGACCUUCAUGGCCAGACCCCAGACCUUCACGGUGGAGGUGGGCCAGUCCGUCAUCAUCCCCUGUGACGUGGACAACCCUACCGGGAGGAACAAGCUCAUCAUCAAGAAGCAGCCGGCGGGAGGAGGGAGCGAGAAGCUACUGUCGGUGGGCUCGGAGAAGGUGACGCCGGACCCUCGCAUCGACAUCAAAGGUUCGCGGCUCACCAUCUCCCACACGAGGCCGAGGGACGCAGGGACCUUCCUCUGCCACUUCGAUCUCGAGCCGCCGGUACAACUGCGCCACACCCUCGACGUGCAGUUCGCCCCCACCGUGCAGGCCCUGGUGCCCCCCGAACAGCAUGUGCCCAAGGGGAACAGCGUCACCCUGGAGUGUAAGGCGCACGGCAACCCGGAGCCCAUCAUCCGCUGGUCCCAUCAGGAGGGGCCGCUGCCUUCAGGAUAUCACACCUCCCAGCAGGGUCCCAGACUCACGCUGGAGAAGGUGGACCGCCGCGCCGAGGGAACCUAUCUGUGCACGGCUGACAACGGCAUCGGUGAGCCUGCCUCCGCCGCCAUGGCCAUCACGGUGGAGUACCCGCCCGAGGUGGUGGCCGAGAAGAAAAUCGUGACCACGGGCGAGGGCGACGAGGUGGACCUGGUCUGCAUCGUUCACGGCCGCCCACCCCCAGAUGUUGUUUGGACUCGCGACGGCCGCCCCCUCCCCGACACUCUCAUGGACACCCAGCUCCACCAGCCCCGCACCCACACCGCCCACGACGCCCACAUGACCCAGAACCACGUCGCCCACCGCCACACGCUCUCCAUCAAGCCCGUAACGGAGAAGGACUUCGGGGCGUACGUGUGCAUCGCGGAGAACACCCACGGCAGGAAGAACGCGGUGAUACAGAUGACAGGUCUGCCAAAGCCCCCGGAGAUCACGAGCAGCCCCAAUGGCGGGGAGAGCACGUCCUACACCCUCACGCUGCAGACGGAGAGCUACUACCCCCUCACGGAGUUCAUCAUCAAGUACCGCAAGACGCAUACCGGGGCAUGGCAUAAGAACCACACCAUGGUGAUGGCGGGCUCGUGGGAGAAGGUGUCCAAGAUCGUGGAGUCUGAGGUGACGCGGCAAGGCUCCAGCUACUCCCUAAAGUACCGGCUGGAGAACCUCGAGGUGGCCACGGACUACAUGGCCGUCGUGCGGGUCAGGAACAAGUACGGAUGGUCGGCAGAGUCGGAGCGCUUCUCCUUCUUCACCAAGAGAGCCAUGGCAGUCUUGCAGUCGACCAGUGCAUCGGGGUGUGAGGAGACCGCUGCGGCCCUGCUGCCGUUGCUGCUGCUGCCGCUGAUCGCCGCCGUCAUGUAGGAACGCAGCCGCGGAGGACCAGUCUCGCGCCCCGAUCCUGCCCUUCUUCAGUAAUAACGUGCAUCAGGGAGGGUUCUCCAGACCACGGACCGGUUGGCCGCAGGGUUGAAGAUAUAACGGCUUGGUACCCAAGCCAGGACUGAGCGUUUUAUGGUUGUGUGAGUGCAAGGACCGGCGUCAAGGACAGCUAAUGCUCGGCAGUAAGGUGAAGGGCGCCAGGCUCCCUCGCUCAGUGGACAGGCCUCAGGGCGUGGUGUAGAGAUCUCCUGCCGCUGCUAGUGAGAUGUACCUAACAAUGCCCCUUUAUUUCUUUCCUCGUUGAUACUUGGGAAGGUUCCCCGAGGCAUCAGGCCCGGUGCUUGGCCAAAGCGCCCCCUUCACGGCAGCGGCCCGUCGCAGCACAGGACGCUUGCCGCAGCUAUCCAGUCCAGUGUUUUCACUCCACCGUGAUGAUGUCCAUUCCAGACUUGAUUGAUGUACGAGUGCCUCCUACCAUGGAGAGUUUGUUAUAACUGUAGCCUUUUUUAAGUGUAUAUUGUGCUUCUGUUUCUACGGAGACAGAAUGUUGUCAUCUAUGGACCCGGACCAACAUAGUCAAGUAUUUGUCCCAGCACUGCUCCGCUAGGCGUCGCGCGCGUCAGCCUCCCGCCGGCACUGGCCGUGGCUCCGGCGCGGCGCGGUGGCGGCCUACGCUCCAAGGCACCAAUGACGACAGCGAAGACGGCGCGCCUCAGGAGGGCGUGGGCGGCUGCUUCUUAGCCAAAUCUGACCUGUCCCACCAGGCACUCUCUCCUCCGAUCCGACGCCGCCCACCGCCCACCACAGGUCACGGGCUUUCAGUUCUGGAUCACUCCUUAUUUACUCUAAAUCACUGUUAAUGUGUCAAGACGCUGUUAAAUUUGUUAACAGUGUUUCUGCCACUACCGUGAUCGCCGUGCCCGCUGUGCUCGCCGUCGUCAACGCCGCCGCCGCGCCCGCCUCCGCUGGCGAGAUGGACCGCGACCCUCGGCUGUACAUACAAGAUGGCGAGUCUCCACCGUCUCUGUUCAAGGCUGUUACUGUGUUACCGCACGAGAAUUACGUGACAACGGCAACUUUGAUUGUGAAUUUUGCCAAAGCUUGUGUUUCUCCCCGCGACCCACCCUCUCUACGCUUGCCACGCCGCCGCCGACGCCGCAGGUGCUCACUGCAGUUUCCAGUGAGGCCCCGAACGUGCCGGGGCGAGGCUCCGUGCUUCUCUCGGCGCUGGCACCUUCAUCAUGCACGAAAAGAACAAAAUCGUGACCGGCACAAGCGACAAAAUAAUCAUUGAAACGGCAGUGGAUAGUGAAGCGGGCGUCGAGCAUCCCCGGUGCGGGGCGGGGCGGGGCCGAGGCAGGGCAGGGCGCCUCGCCCCAUGCACGGAACCAACGCCAGAGCCAAGCCCCCAGCUGCGCGCAGCCUGCAGGAGGGCACCAGAACGCGUGCCGGUGCCUUAGUCGGGGGCUCCGGGCAGCGAGGGAGGAGCCGCCGUGGCCUCCCCUUCCCCGCGCCUCUCCGACACGUGCAGGGGCGGACAUCCCCACGCCCCACGCCCCGUGCCCGCCGCCCCGCCGCCGGGUGAAAAAUAACGCGGAUAACAUUCACUGAUGUACCUGUAUUCCACAGUUUUCUUGCAGUAACUUUUCUCUUGCACUGACCCUUUGAUUUAUUAUGAAUUAAUUGGAAAAUAUCGAAUGUUAAAAAUGAAUCGCAGUCUGCAGUUUAUGAAUAAGAGACAAAACAGUGUGCGCGUGGCCGGCCGCGGCUGGCCGCCCCGAGAAAGGAGAGGGAGAGGGCGAGGCGGUGUGCGGCAGGACAAGAACCGCACCGCCACCAGGGCAUGGCCGUGGCGCCGCACUCGCCGGGCCGCCGUCUCCCUCCUGACGCCGCCCGCCGCCUGCACCACGACACCGCUGCGGACGACGGGCGUUCAGUACCUAAGUAACACUGCGCUAUAGAGUACCCACAAGUCCAUCAUAGUUCCAGUCAAGUAGUUCCAGUCGUACGUCUGUACCCGUUAGGCCGAGGCACGCGGAACGCUCGGCUAAGUAGAACAUUAAGACGACUUAGCACAGAGCGACAGAUAAUAAGGAACAGCCUUUUCAGCACGACACCAGAGUUUCUUCCAGUUAUCUAUGUGCCACUUGUAAUGUAGGUGGCGGGGAAGAGUCACAGGAAGGCGCCAGAGCAGCAGCCAAGGCCACAGAGGCAGUAGUCAAGCAGUGAACGUAGCGUAGCGUAGCACCUGUUUUGUAUUCCUUGUGAUUCUCCUCCGGACCGCAACCUUUUUUCCUGAUACUGUUCUCCUGUGACUUUUUUCCUACAACCUUAGUGUGAAUCAGACGUGUACACACAGUGGAUAUUUUUGUAUCGGUGUAAACGUUGCUUUAGCCGCUGGCUGCAGGAGGUAGUCGAGGUCAUUAGGUUUGAAACAGCGAGCGCGUGUGGCUUCAUAAUGUUGGUUUUAAGUUUCCUUUCAUUGGCUCAGUAAAAGAGGAAAAACCUCCGACGAGCGUCGUGCGGGAGCUGCCGGCAUGCCGCCAACCUGGCCGCCGCCGCCAGCAGGAGCGAGCCGCCGGAGCCACGGCCCGCCGCCGCCUCGCCUCUCAGCGGCGGCCCCUCGCGGCGGCGCGGCUCCCGGGCACCACGCUCGUUGCUUCAAUAAAUAUGGCAUAAAAAAACUUCCGUGUUCUGCACGCUUUUUAUAAUCUAUAUUCCAAUGUUGACCUUCAUUUGUAUAUAUAUGUACGAUAUGUUUCAUCAAUAAAAGACUGACCAGUGA